AUGGCGAGCUCGGUGGUCCAGACGCCAGCUCUUGGCUUGGAAUCGCCUUCAAGUUCACCCUCCGAGCCCGCAUUUGCGACUGAUUUGCUCUUCAACUUGGACGAUGUUCGUGCUGCUUGUGUGUCCGAUCUCGCAGCCCACGCGAACUUGGUGACGAUGCUCAGGAGCCGAAUCAACCUGGAAAGGACGUACGCUCAAGAGCUCAACAGAAUGGCAAGACACUCGCACCUCGGUGAGAUGGACCACGGUACCAUGAAAAACGCGAUGGAGAGUCUCAGAUCACAGUACCUUAACACGAGCGUGCAACACCAACACCUCGCGAAAAAUCUCGAAGAAGACGUUCUCCUACCUAUCGAGGUUCUGUACGAGUACAACAGCGAAAGAGUGCAAAGUCUCACUCGUCGAAUCAACAACGCCAAGAAGGAUGUCAAGGUACGAAAAAUGUCGGAGUCUAGCUGA